AUGAAUUAUGUUAUAUUUUUUAGUAUAGCAGUAUUUUCACUAGCGUCCGCUCUAUCGCAUAAUUUGCCAAGAUUUCGUCUGCAAGAAAAUCAUUUUGUCCGAGAAAACCUGGGAUUUGUUGGUUAUAAUCUAUUCAAUAGACGACAUGGACGUUCCUUGACCACUUCAGCCGUAAAUACAUACGUAACGUCAAAUCCGAAUCGAAAUAAACCAAUCGCAAGAAAAAAUUCUGUUAUAAGGAGGUCUAAACUUCAUAGGAAGAGUAUAAAUAGGACCAGAAGACUUGAUGAACAUUCCCAAGCUCCAGAAGUUGUGAAGAUAAAAGAGCAGGAGAGUGUUUAUCACGAUAUAUCCUUUGGAAAUUUAGAAAGUAGGGAUCAUUUAGAACAUAAAGGUAUAAAAAGAUGCGAUCAAAAGUCUAAAGGUAGUAAAGGUACUACAACAUCGGAGCGAAACCUAGCUCUCUACACAAAAUUCAAGACUCUGAUCACGGUAUACUCUGAUAUAUUCAACGAGCUUGGUAUAUAUGAUGAGAUUAAAAAGUUGAUACCGUUUUUUCAUUGGGACAUUUGGCAAAGCAUAUCACGUGGACAAUUGAGAACGUGCAACUGGUCUAAAAAUCAGUUUCAGGACUAUUUAAAUAUAUUGGGAAAAUUAGAUGAUCACAUUAUCGCCAUAUAUGAUGAUAUUUUUAAAACUGUAACUACAUUAUCUGAUAAUGUAAAAGAAAGUCAACCUCAAAAGGAUUUGAAGGAGCAAUUAACUCCAGAGCUUAUACAGAGCAUGUUCGAAAAUAUUGCUAACAAUUACAAAUCAGAAAUCAGUAGUAAACGGUCUAAGAACCUUGGCUGCAUUAAAAACUUUUUUGAACGCCAAAUUUUGAAGGCGAUCGAAAGUAUUAUUUCUAAUAGUAUAACUCCCUACAGUACAGUCGCACAUGAGUUGAUCGGCAAAUUUAUAAACAUAGGUGACAAAAAACAAAAGGAGAGAUUGUCUGCAGAGAAUUAUUUCGAAUACUUGUAUGGGAAGGUAAUGGAACCAAGAAUUUUUCAGGAUCCUCGAAAUAUAGAGCGCUUGAACAUAUACCAUAAACAUGUAUUUACUGAUUGGAUGAUUAAGUUUAUUGGUACUGGAUCUAAAAUGCCAGCCCUCACACGUUUAACAUCGUCAAUGGCAUUUUUUAGAAAACUAUCCCCCUAUAUAUGGUUGUUCGAUUGUGGAGAAGGUAUUAAACACGGUUUGGAAAUUCUUAAUCAUGAUCCCACCAAUGUUAACAAAAUUUUUAUAACACAUUUGCACGGUGAUCACUGUUUGGGUUUAUUUGCGUUCCUCUACAUGAGGAGAAAUGUUCCCUUGGAAGUUUAUGGACCAACUGGCAUCAGAGAUUUCAUACAUGAAGUUCAUAAAAGAACUUCAUGUAUGGAGAAUCUUGAUUGUAUUGUCUAUGAACUUGAAGUAAAUGGAAACAAUAAAAAGAGCGAAAAUAACAUUAAAGGUCAAACUUUUGUCCCAGACACAUCUGGCUGUCUAAAAGUUUUUGAAGAUGAAGUUUGCACUGUACACGCUGCACCAUUGGAUCAUAAAAUGCCUACAGUUGGAUAUGUUAUCACAGAAAAGUUCAAAGAUUCUAAUUUGGGGAAGGUCCCAAGAAAGAUUGUUAUUUGUCAGGAUUCUUCGAAUAGCGAUAAAAUGAUCCCAAUUGCUAAAGAUGCAACUAUACUUAUUCACGAAGCUACUAUUAAUUCCCCAACUCCGUCGACUUCGAAUAUUCUAUUAAGCCUUAUUAGAGACUAUAAAUCUGUAGAAUUCUCUAAAGGGGUUGUUGGUGCAUUGUUCAACUUUGCUUCAAGUCUAGAUCUUAGAAUAAAUUGCCUUUCCCAUACAAAGGCAAAUUUAAACCUUUUUCUUUCAAAAAAUCUCUCUACUAUGUUGGGAAAACUUGAUUGCACUAAAGAACUGAUCGAUGGAUUUAUAAAAGCCCCGAAAAUUCAUCCGAACGAUAUGCAGAAGCAGGUCCUAAAGCAAGAUAAAACUAGAUCGGAAUAUAUUUGUAAACAAUACAAAUUCAUGAAAUUGAAUUGGUUGUCACAAAUAAAGAAUCUAAUAUCUAGAUUGAAGUUAAUUAAGGAAUUGAAUAAACUUGGAACCCCGAUUAAAAGACUAAAAAAACACACAUCAUUAUUGCUUAGGAUUAAUUCACUUCUGCAAAAUGAAUUUUCAUUUAGGAAAACGAGUUUAGCAUAUAAUAAUAUUCUUGUUGGAUUUAGCAAUGAAUUGAAAUUUAAGGGACCUAAUCGAUCUGAAACACCAAAAAUUGAGAUGCUUGAUAGCAUUUAUUCCCAGAUAUAUGAAUAUUGGGAUGAACACAACACAGAAAAAGAAAAAAUCAGAAAUCCUGAAGAUAAAGACUGGUGGAAGCUUUUAAAUAAAAUAACAGAAAGCUAUGGGCAUUCAACAAGCCCACUAGCUGCGGAUUUUGCAAUUAAAACAGAUGCAAAACGUCUUAUUUUGACACAUUUUACAAGCAAAUACGCCGGCGACAGCAAACUAUCAAGCGUUCUUACCAUGGCUAGGAUAGAACACGAUGCAAGAAUGACAAUUAAAAACCAUUUUAAGAGUAAACCUACAAAAUUAGAGAGGUCGAUUCCAGUAACGGCAGCGUGGGAUGGAUAUGUUAUAACAUUGUAGUCAACAGUCAACCAAUGUUCGCUAGCU